AUGAGUCUGAAUUGGAGACAAUAUCUUGCAAUAAUAUUCGCGGCUGGCGUGUUUGGUGCGAUAGCUAUUAGUUUUAUCUCCGUUUCAUUGCCAAAGAUAGAAGUGGAACCAGAUCGUUUAACUGGAUAUCCGACAUGGCAUGGCGCGUUUAAAGGAUAUGAUAGUCUCAAAAAUGACUCAAUGUUAACCUUCGUCGGUGCAAUAAUGUUCGUUGUUAGUGUGAUUGGCUUGAAACUAGUUCUUAAUCCACCGACAAAACCCAGCCAAUUUUACACCGGUGAUGAUAACCAAGAAACCAUUUCUGGAGUGCCAACAAUUGGUUUCAAUCGUUUAAUUGUAAUUUACAUGCUGGCUACAUUCAUGUCAGCAGUUGCACUUAUAUUUUUUGAUAUCGGAAAGCUUUUUGCUGUAAUUGCUGUGUCUCAUAAUGCUCUUGAAAUAGCAAUGUUACUCUUGAUAGGAGGUGGUGGUAGAAUAAAGGGCGUUUCAUUCUUUGUGUGGCUUGUAAUUUAUGUAGAAUCUGUUGCACUUAUUUACAUCUUUAAUGAUUUUCCGAUUGAUGCUCUCGUUUUUAAAGUUCAAGGAUUAACCUUUGAUUUUGCUUUGGUUAUUGAGUUUGUGCGCAUCUAUAUUACUACAAUUAAUCACCUUCGUGAUGCAGGAAAAGUUAAGAUUCCAUCAAAUUCCGAAGAAAUUGUUGAUAAUGAUAAAACUCGUAAAUCAUUAUCCGCUAUAUUUAAUCAGCAUCCCAAACAACUCAUCUUUUUGAUACUUGCAUCAAUCAUACACGUUUUCGGAAACUUGUGGUCCACAAUCUUCAUUACUUCAGCCAUUGCCAACCUGAUAUUUGGUGCAAGCUAUGCAAUAGCUUUUCCAAUUUACAUCCUUUACUUAUAUGUGGAUAUUCGGGCGUCCAGCGUUAUAUCACAAAAACGCAUAUAUUUACCAUCUACACCUGCAUGGAAGGCCAUUGUAAUUGCAAUUUAUUCACUGUCGCUAGCUUUGUUAACGAUCAGAUUAGGCUUUAUAAUUCUCGCUGAAUAG